UUUAUUUAUGGUUAGGUUAUUAAAACGUCAACUGUCAAACGUCAAGGUUAGACAGGCCGACAUUUUCCGAUAAUCCGUAAAUUACGCUAAAGUCGUUACAUAAGCCCUUAGCUCGGCUCAGAGACAACAAUGUUUGCCCUCCGCCGCCUCGCUACAGCCCCCUUGGCGGGCUCCCGGGCUGCCCACAGCCUCCCGGAGCUCCCAUACGCCUACGAGGCCCUCGAGCCGGUCAUCUCGCGCGACAUCAUGUGUCUCCACCACUCCAAACACCACCAAACCUACGUAACAAACCUAAACGCCGCUGAGGAAAAGCUAAAAGCCGCCUUGAGCAAGGGGGACAUCAGCACGGCUAUAUCCCUCGAACCGGCGCUCCGAUUCAACGGUGGGGGGCACUUGAACCACUCGAUUUUUUGGCAGAAUCUGUCCCCCGAAUCGACCCAACCUAGCGAUGCCCUUAAGAAAGCCAUUGAGGACUCGUUUGGGGGCGUCCAACAGUUGAAAGACCAGUUAUCGGCCUCGUCGAUUGGGGUACAGGGGUCGGGCUGGGGCUGGUUGGGCUAUUGCAGCAAGUCCGGGAAAUUGAAAAUCGCGACUUGCGCCAACCAGGACCCCCUUCAGGCCACCACAGGGCUGGUGCCCCUUCUGGGGAUCGACGUGUGGGAGCACGCCUAUUAUUUGCAGUACAAGAACGUGCGGGCUGACUAUGUCAAGGCCAUUUUCGAGAUUGUGAACUGGAAGGAUGUCUCCCAGAGGUUUGAGAAGGCGAAGAGUUGUUAGAUUUGAUAUGUUUGGCGAAAUUGAUUUUUAUAGAACGUACUGUAAUUCAUUUGCGCGUUUCUAAUAAAUAAUUAAGUGCAAA